UUAUGAUCGGCUCUCGGAAAAUGUUUGAAGUUGAUUUGCAUUAGCCAAAAACGACCAUUUUUCUGCAAAGUAUCUUUUCUUCAUCAGAGUAAUACAUUCUCUACACCCAUACAAUGUUCAACCUCUUCUACUCGGGACGCACGGUGAGAAACAAGAGGCCCGAUUCCGUCUGGGGGGAAUGGCCGACACUGCUGAGGGGAAUGCUAAUGCCUCCGUCUCCUGCUGAAGGUCUCGCGACAAACAGCCCUGGUUUCGCUAAAAAUAAACCUGUUUUGCGCUGGUGAAUUGACAACCAUUGAUGUUGCGAGCCGCCCCGUGCAGCGUGAGCUCGUGAGAAGAGGCUGUCGCUCGGCGCGUGCGGACCCCGGCGGGAAGUCCCAGGCGGGGUGACGGCAGCCUCUCCGUCACGGGCAGAGAGGAGCCCGGCAGCCCGAGGGGCGACUCCCGCAGGCCUCCCAGGAGCGGCCCAUCCCUCUUAGGCCGCUGAUAGAGGAGGAUGAGUCAGGAAUUAAUGAGCUGGAGCACCCGAGAGCUGACGAAGCGCGUUGGCUGCCGGGUCUUUGGAUCCGUGUUGCGGUCCUCUGUGGCCUGGCCCCGCCGUCCCACUGCGGUGCUCCCAGCCCGGGGAUCGACUCCGUUCCGGAUCCUGGGUCUCGGAGGACCCCGCCGCUUAUCUCUUCCCCCGCAGGAGGGCCGCGGCGUCAGCUGGAUCGCGGCUAAUCGCGGCCGCCAUGGUUCUACCAUCUGGACCACGCCGCCCGACCACAUGACCACUGCCAGGUACCGGCCCACCUGGGACCUGGCCCUGGACCCCCUGCUGUCCUGCAAACUGUGCCUUGGAGAGUUUCCUCUGGAGCAGAUGACCACCAUCACACAGUGCCAAUGCGUUUUCUGUACUCUGUGCCUGAAGCAGUAUGUGGAAUUGCUGAUCAAAGAGGGGCUCGAAACUGCUAUCACCUGUCCUGACUCUGCCUGCCCCAAACAGGGACACUUACAGGAAAAUGAGAUCGAGCUCAUGGUGGCUGCAGAGAUCAUGCAGAGAUACAGGAAGCUGCAGUUUGAGAAAGAGGUGCUGCUGGACCCGUGCAGGACCUGGUGCCCGUCCUCCUCGUGCCAGGCGGUGUGCCAGCUGCAGGAGGCGGAGCCCGCGGGGGCGCAGCUGGUCCAGUGCUCCGUCUGCAGCCUGGAGUUCUGCUCCGCCUGCAGGGCCGGCUGGCACCCGGGCCAGGGCUGCCAGGAGACCCCGCCCACCAGCUCCUUCCUGUCCGCGGAGAGCAGCUUGUUCUACAAGGGCGACGAGGACGACGCCCCGAUCAAGCGCUGCCCCAAGUGCAAGGUGUACAUCGAGCGGGACGAGGGCUGCGCCCAGAUGAUGUGCAAGAACUGCAAGCACGCCUUCUGCUGGUACUGCCUGGAGUCCCUGGACGACGACUUCCUGUUGAUUCAUUACGACAAAGGGCCCUGCCGGAACAAACUGGGGCACUCCAGAGCCUCGGUCAUCUGGCACAGGACCCAGGUGGUGGGGAUAUUCGCCGGGUUUGGGCUCCUGCUCCUGGUCGCCUCGCCCUUCCUCCUCCUGGCCACGCCCUUCGUCCUGUGCUGCAAGUGCAAGUGCAGCAAGGGGGACGACGACCCCCUGCCCACUUAAAGGAACGGACGCAGAAGAAGGAGGAAAGACUCGCUGGUUACCGAUGGGCCAACUCCCCCUUUUGUUCUCGUUUAUUUUUUCCGCUCGCGCGUGCCGGAGAGCGCUUUGAUUUUCGGCAAGUCAGGGUCUCCCGUGGAAAGCCGUGCGAUUGGCCCAGCUGGGCUCACAACGCUGUUGAGGCAGAGCUUUGACUUUAAGGGGCGGGACGGUAGGCGGAGACCUUACGUGCUGCUGGGCGUGGGAGGGAGGCGGGGCCUCAGAGCCUCUGUGGUGUGGUGUAGCGCUGGUCAGCUGCUGCGUAUCAGUAGAAAGCGGUGGUUUAUUAUAGGGUCAGGGGAGCAUUACAAGGGAUUUCUGAACUUACCUUUCUGACUCGGGUGUCUUGUAUUGGUUAAGCGCAGUGUAAUUUAUGUAUGGGUCUUUCUCUCCAUUACCUCAUAACAUUUUUCCAGUGUGGAUUUUGUGGGGUGGCACAAAUUUAGUACUCCGAUGAGAUGAGCACACUCCCCCUGGUGGUCACUUCUGGUAUGUGUGACUGAAUUCUCCUUUCCUGGUCCUGCAGGUGUGUGCUUGUGUUCAGGAAGCGAUAUUUUUGAUUUGUGCAUCUCGACAACAAUGCACAUACAUCCUUUUCCACAGAACAGUGCGUUAAAUUAAGUUUUUCAUAUUUUUGUCAAGUUCUGCUAUUGACUAUUCCUUUCCUGGUCAUUUUUUAAUACAAGGAUAUCACUAAGUCUCUCUUCAACCCAAAUCAGUCAUACCGUGUCAAACAUAUUUCUAGGUUUUUUUCAUAUAGCUAAUUGUGUAACAUACAUUACAAAUCCCAUGUCUCUCUUAUGUGAAAUGAACAGAGAAAGUGAUGUGGUUGUUUUGGUUUUGUUGAGAGCUGAUGUUUUUUGGCUUUAUUGUAGAUACGCAGAAGGUGCUUCGAUUGUUUUCUUGCAUUUUGCUUAAUCUGAUGUUCAAACUGGUAAAUGGCUUGUGGCUUUAUAAAAGGGGUAAAAUUCUUCCUGCAUUCACGUCGCUGGAGUUCACAGUAGAAACUGCCCUUUGAAAGAGAGGGAUUAUUGAACAGUUGCUCAUUCUGCGCUGUUGAGUUUGUGCGAUGCUAAAAAAUUUAUUAGGAAACCUCACACAGUAAGAUUUUGCUCUGAGCAUAUUCGUUUUUCAUUGAAGGUGGAAAGCGUGUGUCUGUGUUAUUGCUGGCAGUUAUGUAUCAUUCCUGACAAUUUAUUUAAUGUCAACUUGUCUGAAUCAUGUUUUGUUUCUGAAAAUCAAAUUAAAUGUUCAUUUAAAGCAGGGGUGUCUACUCUUAUCUAAAAAGAGCCGGUGUGGGUGCAGGUUUUUGUUUUAAAUCGAGCACUAAGACACCUGAUUCUACUUAUCAAGGUCUUGACUGAAGACCAUGAUUAGUUAAAUAGUUAAACGAGGUGUUGUAGAGCUCGGUUAAAACAAAAACCUGCACCCACACCGGCCCUUUUUGGAUCAGAUUGGACACCCUUGAUUUAGUGGGGACUAAAAUGAAUAUAAUGCUCAUUGCUUUCAAAAUGGAGGCCGGUUUGAUAGGUUGGGACCGUUCGUAUAAAAUGUGCUGAUAUAUUUGCAGACCAACGACGGCAACAUAGCUCAGGAGGUAAGACCGAUUGUCUGGCAGUCGGAGGGUUGCCGGUUCAAACCCCGCCCUGGGCGUGUCGAAGUGUCCUUGAGCAAGACACCUGACCCCUAACUGCUCUGGCGAAUGAGAGGCAUCAAUUGUAAAGCGCUUUGGAUAAAAGCGCUAUAUAAAUGCAGUCCAAUUACCAUUUACCAACACUUUUGUAUCAAAUGGAUAACUUCAUUGCAUUGUUGUAUCUAUGCAAGUUUUUAUGGCUUUUAAAAUCAAUUUAAUACCUUAAGCACUGCUUAUGCCAUGCACUUCAAAGUUUCAUUGUACAAAGCUGGUAAAAAAGCACUAUACCAUCAGAGAAACUUCAUUUGACAUUCAAUUCAUGUUGUAUCAGGGACAGAUGAGCAGAUUUUCAGUUAUACAACUUAAGUCAGGUAAAUAAAGGUAACACAGUUCCAUUUGUUUUAUAUUGUAGCAUACUGUGUUACAAUAACAUUUUUCUGAAGCAUUGAGAAUCCAAAAAAACAGCACUUCAAGUGUACUGUUCUUGAAUGCUCAUGAAUCUUUUUUUUUUUUUUGUCCAAUCAGCUGGCAGCUGUAGCAGUCAGGCACCAUUCUGACCUAUCAGCAUAGCUGUAGCAAUUAAGUCAUUUUCUCUGCAAUCAGCACAGCUGUUGCAACUCAACCUCUUUCUGUCCUAUUUGCACAGCUGUAGCAAUUAAACCCGUCUAUAUGCAGUCAGCAUCGCUGUAGUUGUUUUUCCUCAUUUUACCAAUCAGUACAACCUUUGGAAUCUGACAAUUUUUUUGUCCAACAAAUCAUUAAUAUUUUCAUUUUAGUUAUAUUCAAAGUUGGAGCCCAACCAAUGCUGAGUGGAUGAAUUAUAUAUCAUAAGAUAUUAGCUGAACUGUUACAUAAUGCAGUCAUAACUAAAAGAUCAUUUGAGCAUAAAACAAAGAUCAUUAUUGAUCAUGUAAGUUAUGUUUUAUUCCAUUCAUACCACACACUGUCACAUUUCUUAUACCCUUUUAUUGUUGUUGUUGUAUACUGUAGUCCAAUUAGAACCACUGAAGUUGCAUAUCCAUGUGUUUCCACACUUCUGAUAUUUAUACAGUUCAGUACUGUUCUGUAUAGGUGACACUAAGAAAACAAGAUGUUCAUUCAACUCAGUGGAACUGAAUCGUACAACUGGCCCUGUAGCCAUUAGCUGAGGUUUAUGGAAUGCAGGUCUUCAAUUUCAAUUGGCUCGCUUACUGCAACAAACCACUUUUUGUAAUUGAACCAGGUGUGCCAUGUUUGACGUUUUGAACUGUAUUUCUUUGUGUGUGCAUCAUAGUAGGACCAAAUUGUGACAAUCACAACACGAGCCCAGAAAGUUUCAAAAUGGCGCAUGCACUUUGGUGUGCAUUUGCAGUAUUUAUAAGAAAUGGGACUGGAUUUUGUGCGUUCACUCUGGAUUCGGCGUUGAUUCGUUCAACCAUGCAUGCGUUCAUCUGAUGCAUUUGCACUACGUGCACCAUUUUGAAACCACCGUAAAUAAAUAAAGGAGUUCUGUCACAUUUGUUUGUUGAAAUCUAACAGAUGACAGAUUUCCACUCAGUCAAGCGAUUCAGGCCAGUGUUUGUGGAUCGACCAAAUCAGCGGUUUCAGUUUGGGUGGUUUAAAUAUUCUGGGGAAAAUAUUUAUUCUUUUAUAUAAUUCUCUUCAUGAUAUUAUAUUCUUACUGCCAUUUUUCGUAGGUUCACAUAAAAUGUGUAAAGCGUACACCUUUCACCGCCUGAAGCUUGCUGCAGACAGGCAAUAUGAAGAGAUGGCUAUUAGAGGAAAGGCACCAAGAAAGGCCCAAAACCAUCUUUUAGCAUUUAUAUUUGUGAAACAUUUGAACUUUGUUAUGCUAACAGGCAAGGUAUAUGGCUGCACAUGUUUGCGAUCCUUUCAAAAACGCAAACAUAAUAUUAUGGACUAGUAUCCUGAAAAAAGCCAUCUUGAAUGCUGCCAUGGAUUCUCUGAAAGUCGUCUCUGAUUGGUGUUAGAUCCUUAUGCAGUGCAGUUUCUGUACCCUUUCCAGUUCAUCGGGCGGAUUUCUUCGUGUGAUCUUGAGUUUGCCAAACCAGUUAUGUGACGUCUUUGACAAUGCAAUGCCUUUGAACCCGAGACUCACCUGUCCGUUUUGCUUUGUAUUGCUCAUCGUAUUUAUGGGUUUGCUUUAAUACAAAUGAAAAAAUCCUAAGUGUUUGGUUGAAUUUGUAUUUACUGUACAUGGAAAAGCCUGUAAUAUAGUAACCUUGUAUAUUGCCAAAAAAAAAAAAAAAUCACUGUGACAAUAAAAGAAUUAAGUGUGCGAAUGUU